UCUUAUUACUUUGUUAAGCUCUCUAUUAUCGCAUUUUUCUUCGGAAAUUGAAGCUGCGGUGGUUGAUCUGUUCGUAGGAGUAGCAAUUUUUUUCUUCUGGUUCGGUAGGAUCGAGGUAGCUAGGGUUUUGACUUGGAAUCCAUGGGGAGAGGGAAGAUCGUGAUAAGGAGGAUCGAUAACUCGACGAGUAGGCAAGUAACGUUCUCGAAGCGGAGAAGCGGUUUGCUGAAGAAGGCGAAGGAGCUUUCGAUUCUUUGCGAUGCUGAGGUUGGAGUUGCGAUCUUCUCCAGCACCGGAAAACUCUAUGAUUACGCCAGUUCCAGCAUGAAAUCAGUGAUUGAUCGAUACAACAAAACAAAAGAGGAGCAUAACCCCCUUGGAAGUUCAACCUCUGAGAUUAAGUUUUGGCAAAGGGAGGCAGCCAUGUUAAGGCAACAAUUGCAGAACUUGCAAGAAAGUCACCGGCAAAUGAUGGGAGAAGAACUGUCAGGUAUGACUGUCAAAGAUUUACAUAGUUUAGAGAACCAACUGGAAGUUAGCCUCCAUGGUGUCCGUGCAAAAAAGGAACAACUUUUAAUGGAGGAAAUACAGGAACUGAAUCAAAAGGGGAACCUCAUACACCAAGAAAAUAUGGAACUGUAUAAGAAGGUAAACCUAAUUCGUCAAGAAAACAUGGAACUGAAGAAGAAGGUCUAUGGAACAAGAAAUGGGAGUGGAACAGACAGAAACUCUGUUCUAACAAAUGGUAUAAGCAUAGAGGAAGAUUUGCAGGUUCCUGUGAAUCUCCAGCUAAGCCAACCACAGCAACAGAACUAUGAGGCCACUUCAGGAGCCACAAAGUUGGGAUUGUAGCUACACUGAUGCAUCUACAAAAGAUGAAUGUUUCUUGAUAGCAAUCAAGAAGAUGAUCUCAGCUUUGAAUUUUAUGUUUUCUCUAUAAAUGACAUGUCAUAUAGGCUACUAGACAAUCAAUGUUUGUUUUUCUAUCAACUAAAGCACUAUUGCAUGUGUGAGUGAGAAACAAGAAGAGCAACAUCUUAUG